GUUCAGGCACAAGUCCAUCCUAAACUUUCCUCUACUGAAGACGCUUUACAGUACGUUGAAGAGUUAAUUCUCCAGUUGUUAAAUAUGUUGUGUCAAGCUCAACCAAGAAGCUUUCUGGAUGUAGAGGAUCGUGUUCAAAAAAGUUUUCCCCAUCCUAUUGAUAAAUGGGCAAUAGCUGAUGCCCAGUCUGCUAUUGAGAAGAGGAAACGAAGAAAUCCGUUAUCUCUUCCAGUAGAAAAAAUCCAUCCUUUAUUAAAGGAAGUUCUAGGCUAUAAAAUUGACCACCAAGUAUCUGUUUACAUAGUGGCAGUAUUAGAAUACAUUUCUGCAGACAUCUUAAAAUUGGUUGGGAAUUAUGUGCGGAAUAUAAGGCAUUAUGAGAUUACAAAGCAAGAUAUUAAAGUGGCAAUGUGUGCUGAUAAG